GAGAGAGAGCAACAAGAAACAGGCUAGGGCCUCCUCCUUCACAUGUCCUUAUCCCUUUCCCUAUCUGGCUCUCUCCCAUAGCUCUAAGGUUAAUUAGUUCUACACUUAAUUAUACCUGUUUGAAGAGCUGUAUAAAGCUAACUAGCUAGCUUGAAUUGCUAAGCUUUUGGUACGUCAUAUCAGACAGAAAUGGCAGCAGAAGAUAGGAGACUGCAGAGUAAUAAUCUUAAGGUUGAGAGUCAGGAGAGCAGCAUGAAUGAUAAUCAUUGUCAUCAUCAUGAGUUAAUGGGUGGUGAAGAGGUAGUCGUCACUGUGGAUUGGAGAGGCAGACCUUCUAAUCCCGCCAAGCAUGGUGGAAUGAAAGCUGCUUCCUUUGUUCUUGGGCUUCAAUCAUUUGAGAUAAUGGCAAUAGCGGCUGUUGGGAACAACCUGAUAACAUAUGUGAUAAAUGAGAUGCAUUUCUCAUUAUCCAAGUCUGCAAACAUAGUGACAAACUUCAUUGGAACCGUCUUUCUCUUGGCCCUUGUUGGUGGCUACCUCUCCGAUUCUUAUCUCGGCUGCUUCUGGACCAUGCUUAUCUUUGGCUUUGUCGAACUUUCGGGUUUUAUAUUACUGUCAGUCCAAGCUCAUCUUUCGCAGCUUAAGCCACCACCAUGCACCAACAACAACAACACAGCUGUUGGAGAAUACUGUGAAGAAGCAAAAGGGUUCAAGUCAUUGAUCUUCUUCAUAGCUCUCUACUUGGUGGCAUUAGGGAGUGGUUGUGUUAAGCCCAACAUGAUUGCUCAUGGAGCUGAUCAGUUUAACCCUGCAGAUAACCCUAAACAAUCCAAGAAACUUUCCUCCUACUUCAAUGCUGCUUAUUUCGCCUUCUCCGUCGGAGAACUCAUCGCUCUCACGCUUCUCGUUUGGGUCCAAACUCAUUCGGGGAUGGAUGUUGGCUUCGGUAUCUCUGCGGCUGUCAUGGCUGUGGGACUCAUCUGCUUGGUCUCCGGUACCCUCUAUUACAGAAACAAGCCACCUCAAAGAGGCAUUUUCACCCCCAUUGCUCAAGUUUUUGUGGCUGCAAUACUGAAGAGAAAGCAAGUGUGUCCAUCCAAUCCUCACUUGCUUCAUGGAAGCCAAAUCAAUGUGCUAAAUGACAACUCCGCUCUCUCUUCUGACAUUGACCCUGUUCUUCAUUCUGGAAAGUUCAGGUUCUUGGACAAGGCGUGCAUUAAGAUGGAAGAUGGCACAAACACAAAGGAAAGUCCAUGGAGAUUGUGCACAGUGACACAAGUGCAGCAAGUGAAGAUCCUUCUCUCAGUGAUUCCAAUCUUUGCUUCCACAAUUGUUUUCAAUACCAUUUUGGCUCAGCUCCAAACUUUCUCAGUCCAACAAGGAAGUGCUAUGGAUACCCAACUCACCAAAUCUUUCCAUAUCCCUCCGGCCUCACUCCAGGCCAUCCCGUACAUCAUCCUCAUUUUCCUUGUUCCUGUCUACGACACUUUCUUUGUCCCUUUCGCAAGAAAGCUCACCGGCCAAGAAUCAGGAGUCUCCCCAUUACAAAGAAUAGGAGCUGGCCUGUUCUUUGCCACGUUUUCCAUGAUCUCAGCUGCUGUAAUGGAGCAGAAGCGAAGGGAAGCAGCUGUUAUGUCCAACAAGACAUUGUCGAUUUUCUGGAUCACGCCGCAGUUCUUGAUCUUUGGGUUAUCGGAAAUGUUAACGGCAGUCGGCCUCAUUGAGUUCUUCUACAAGCAAUCCUUGAAAGGGCGGAUGCAAGCAUUUCUAACCGCAGUGACAUAUUGCUCGUAUUCAUUCGGGUUUUAUUUAAGUUCACUGUUGGUCUCUCUGGUGAAUAAGAUCACCUCUUCAUCUUCAUCAACCGGGGGUUGGCUUAGUGACAAUGAUCUGAACAGGGACAGAUUGGACCUUUUCUACUGGUUGCUAGCAGGACUUAGCUUCCUCAACUUCCUCAACUAUCUGUUCUGGGCUAAGUGGUACUCUCACAGUACUCCAUCUUCCUCAUCAUCUCAACAAGACCAUUACAGAUAUGGCACUACUGCUGCUGCUGCCACUGCGAAUCAUGCUCAUAAUCUACCAUAACCUAAACAAUGAAUAUGGUGUUCUAAGAUUAUAAAUGUGAAUUAUAAAGGGGAUUUAGUGAAGGGCUUCUAUAUUGAGGCUCUCCGUCAAUGUACAGAACACAUGCCUACGACAUGCAUGUUGUAUAAGACCCUCCCAAAUCCUCGAUUGCUAUUUUGGUAUAUGCA